AUGGAAUUAUUGAAAUAUUAUAAUAGAAUAAAAAGAUUUGAUAAGAGAAGUGGUUUUUUUACACUUGGUAUACCAAGUUUAACAGUUAUGUUAAGUAUAAUAAUUACUGGUACAUUUCUUAUUGAUAAACAACUUGAAUUGAAAUAUUUAAGAGAACAAAGUGUAACUUCAAGAGAACAAACUUUAAAAGAAGAACAUGAAGAAAUGAUUAAAAUGUUAAAUAAAGUCAUUCCAACACAAAAUUUAAAUAAUUCUAUACCAAUACCACAAUCUGAUUAA